CUUGACCGGAUUGAUGCAGUAAGACAAAGCGACUAUACUCCAACAGACCAGGACUUGCUUCGCUGCAGAGUGUUAACAUCAGGGAUCUUCGAGACGCGAUUUCAAGUAGACAAAGUCAACUUUCAUAUGUUUGAUGUGGGAGGUCAGAGAGACGAGAGGAGGAAAUGGAUUCAGUGUUUUAAUGACGUCACAGCGAUCAUCUUUGUGGUAGCGAGCAGCAGCUAUAACAUGGUCAUAAGGGAAGACAACAACACAAACAGGCUACGGGAAGCACUUGCUCUUUUUCGCAGUAUCUGGAACAACAGAUGGUUACGGACAAUUUCUGUCAUAUUGUUUCUGAAUAAGCAGGACAUGCUGGCGGAAAAAGUAUUAGCUGGGAAAUCCAAAAUUGAAGAUUAUUUCCCUGAUUUUGCGUAUUACACCUUACCAGAUAAAGUAAAGAAAAGGAAAUGUGUAUGGAAGAGAAAAAAGCGAAAUGGAGACGAUGUGUCAAACAUAACUCCGGAUCCUGGUGAAGACCCCAAAGUGACAAGAGCCAAGUUUUUCAUUCGUGACGAGUUUCUGAAAAUAAGUACAGAAAGCGGAGACGGCCGUCACUACUGUUACCCCCAUUUCACAUGUGCAGUGGACACAGAAAACAUCCGGCGGGUGUUCAACGACUGCAGAGACAUCAUCCAGAGAAUGCACCUGCGGCAGUAUGAACUCUUGUGAUCUCACUCACCAGGCCAAAACCGCAGACCACCAAUACUACUGACGUUUGGCACACCACCCUUCACUUUUAACUUCUUUGAUUUUAACUCAUUCUUCAGUUGGAGGGGACGGAGGAUGGAGAGAGCCGCUGUUUCGUGUUCUGUUGUCCAUGCUUUUAUUUGGAUUUCCUUUAUUUUUGCCAUUCCAUCAAGCCUUCGGCUACCUCCUUACUUUUUAAUUUGAUGAUCACAUCACUUUUUGACCUCCAGGAGUCCUAGCCUCGCACCCCGAACCUUCAUCUUCUGACCUACAGGGCUCUCUGCUGCUCCUUCUGUUCCCGAACACUGAAGAUCGCCCGCGGACAGAGCUGGAGACGGGGUGGUCGAGCGGGGGAUUGUCCAACACUGGGAAAACGAAGUAAAGUAAUGCACUUUUUUUCCAUCAGGUUUUGACGUUGUUUUUUUUCGUUAUGAAGAUGGACACACAAUGUAGCAUCACAUCAUGAAUUUCUCUCCCACUUCAAGCCUGACACAGGUAAAGAGGAUGGCUGGCCGCACCCUCUUGUGUGAGGAGGCGGGGUUUUAGAAUGAGGAGGGGCUUUGGGAACAUUGCCGAAGCCUCGGAUUGGUCAUGGUUGCGCAAAAGAAACGCCCCCAUUUCUUAUUUUACUUUCUAAACUUGUACAGACUGUGCAAGGGUGUUUUUUUCUGUACAGAUUCUAAAAUGUUCUAUUAUUUUGUACAACUUUAUUGAAAGAGAGUAAAAAAAUCUACUUGUAGAUCUUUGUGCCUUGAUUAUGGCUGUACCUGUAAAUGAAGCUGAUACAUAUGUUUUUGACUGCGCUGUACAGCUUGAUGUCACCCCCGUCGGCAGAAAAGACUGUGGAUGGGGACCUACUCUGUAGUUUAGUUUUUCCCUCAUUUUUUUUUUUUUAUUUGGUUGUUUUUGUUGCUUUUGUUUCUAUUAAAAAAGUUCUUUAUUCAAAAAUAAAUAUAGGAAAGAAAACUCUUAACCUGUAUACAUUAUGCAAAAAUUGACCCCCUUACCUGCGGUUAUGAUUGGACGAAACAGCACCAUGCCUUUCUUCUCGUUUGUUUGUUUUGUUUUCUGUUUCAUUUAUGAAUUCUCAGCUUUAAAAACAGAAAACAAAAUUCAAAGUGUCCAAAAUCGCAACCUGGUGUUGUUUUCAAAGGAACCAUUUUUUCGGAUAUGAAGUAUGUCUGAGAUAUAUAGAGAAAUAUACAUGUUGUGUCUGUGAGUGCGUGCAGGAGACAAACAUUGAGCCACAGACGCAUGGCAUUCGUAUGUGUUUGUGUGUGUGUGAGAGAGCGAGAUGGAGCGCGUGUGUGUGCAAGGGUGCAUUGUGUGCACUCUUUUAUAAAUGUACGUACAUGUAAAUUUAUAAGUCUAUAUAAAUAUAUAUGUACAAUUCUACAUGUUUAGUUAUGUGUGUGUUGGUGUAUGCAUAUUCCUGUAUGUAUACAGUGAAGAUGUGUACUUACACACAUAGGUAAGCAUGUCUAGAGAGAAAUGAAUAAAUGAGAGUGCAAUAUUGAAAGCUACUGUGCGUGUCCAACGAUUUUCACCAUUUUUUUUAAUCAUCAUGACGUGAUAUCAGUUGAAAGUCUGGUUUCUAAUACACACACAUCCAAAUAUAUGCUUAUUUUGUAAUGCAGCAAAUUCAGAACUUCAAGACGUACAUUUUUAUUUAUAUUUAUUACAUUUCUUUUUGUCUUUUAGCAACUGAACACCCUUGGCAGUUCUAAUUUAUUUUGCUUUUUACCAAACCAUGUGAUCCACCAAAACAAUACGAAUUAUGUUACACAUGCAAAUUUUGGUUGAUGCAAAAUUUGUAUUUGUAGUUCAAACACAUUUAAUAUAUAUAUAUAUAUAUAUAUAUAUUAGUAUUACUCCAGUAAAUCGCAAAACUUUUUAAAUCUGUAAAUACUGUGCUUAAAAGUCAUGUUGCACAAAAAUACUUUUUAAAAUAAAUCUUCUAAAGUCAUUAAAUAGA